CAGGUUCGAUUGGUGUUUUUUGUGAAGUUGAGACCAUUGUUGAAGCAAAGGGAUCUCAGAAGCUGUAGCUAUUUUCAUCAUGGCCAGCAAUUCAAAUUCAUUGAAUUUGUCCCAAUCCUUGGUACCCAUAUUCAAUGGAGAAAACUAUGUUUUUUGGAGUACUAAAAUGAAGACCUUUUUUGUCUCACAAGAUUUGUGGGAUCUUGUGGAGAAUGGGUUUGCUGAAACCGAGAAGUCACCAGCAGCAGAGGUGAAAGAUCUUCGGAAGAAGGACGCAAAGGCAUUGCUUGUAUUGCAGCAAGCGGUAACUGACUCAAUCUUUCCUCUGAUUGCAAAUGCCACAAAGUCAAAGGAAGCUUGGACCAUUCUGAAUCAGGAGUUUUAUGGAGAUGACAAGGUAACAAUUGUGAAACUUCAAACUCUACGUAAAGAAUUUGAAAACUUAUGCAUGAAAGGAAGUGAGUCAGUUCAAGAUUUCUUUAGUAGAGUUUCUGUCAUUAUUAAUCAAUUGAAAACUUAUGGUGAUCAAGUUGAUGAUCGUAAAGUUGUUGAGAAGGUUUUGAGGUGUCUACCAUCUAAGUUUGAUCAUGUUGUAGCUGCUAUUGAAGAGUCAAAGGAUUUCUCUGUUUAUUCUCUUAAUCAAUUGAUGGGCUCACUUUUAGCACAUGAAGAGAGAAUGAACAGGUUUGCAGAGAAGAACAUGGAGCAAGCCUUUCAAACAAAGGUAGAGAUCUCUAGCCAGGAGAAAAAUGAUCACAGAGGCUCUACUAGUAGAGGAAGAGGUAGAGGAGGCUACCGUGGCCGUGGACGAGGCCAGGGGGGAUCAAGCUCAACUCAUCAGAAGUACGAGAAUGGACAAAGAGGCAACCAUAAGCAGAAUUAUAAGUGGAAGCAGUGCCAUUUUUGCAAGAAACAUGGGCACAUCGAGGCAAACUGUUGGGAGAAGGCAAAGCAACAAGCAAACUUUGUUGAAGAAAAAGAAGUUGAAGAGAACUUGUUCCUCACCAGUUUAAUUCCAAAUGUUAGCAAUUCUGACUUGUGGUUUCUUGAUAGUGGAUGUAGUAAUCAUAUGACAGGUGUUAGAGGCCUUUUCCGGAAUUUCAAUGAGACAGUGAAGUUGAAAGUUCGGCUUGGAGACAAUAAGCAGGUGCAAAUUGAAGGCAAGGGAACAAUUGCAAUUAGAACCAAGUCAGAGAAUGGGUAUUUGGUUGAAUUUCAUGAUGGCUUGUGUGAAAUCAAGUGCAGCAAAUCUGAUAUGUCUCUUGCUAAGAUUCCCAUGGCUAAAAAUAAAAUGUUUCCACUUGAGAUCUCAUGUUUGAAUGACCUUGCACUUGUUGCAAAUGUUAAAGAUGACUCCAAGUUAUGGCAUAUGAGAUAUGAGCAUUUGCAUUUUAAUGGGUUGAAAUUGUUGAGUCAGAAAAAGAUGAUUUAUGGUUUGCCCUCUAUUAUUCCUAUUGAUGAUGUUUGUGAAGGUUGUGUUUAUGGGAAACAGCACAGAAAUGCAUUUCCAGUUGGGAAAGCAUGGAGAGCAAAGGAGCCUUUGGAUGCAUGGGAGUGGAAUGAAGGAAAGAUUCAGCACUUGUCAUAUGAAGAAAGUGAAUCCAGUGAGCCACAAGCAGAGGAGACGGAAGUUGGCCAACAAUCUUCUCCUACAUUGAGUUCUCCAACAAGGUCACCACAAUCUGCUCCAACUCCUCAACCUCGAAGGAUGUUCACUAGAAGCAUGUCUGGUGCCAUUCUUAGGAAGGAAAAACCUUGGGAGCAAGUUUAUGACCUAGAUACUUAUGCACUUCUGGUGGCAGAACCUACUUGCUAUGAUGAGGCAUAUGGAAAACAGGAAUGGGAAAAUUCCAUGAAGGAGGAGAUAGAUUCGAUUGAGAAGAACAACACUUGGGAGCUUGUAGAUAAACCAGAAGGGAAGACUCCAAUUGGUGUGAAGUGGGUCUAUCGAGUGAAGUAUAAAGCAAAUGGGAGUGUGCAAAAAUACAAGGCAAGACUUGUGGCCAAAGGCUAUGUGCAGAAACAUGGUAUUGAUUUCCUUGAAACUUUUUCUCCUAUUGCUAGAUUUGAGACUGUUAGAUUGGUGAUAGCAUUAGCAGCUCAAAUGAAAUGGAAGAUUUUUCAGUUUGAUGUUAAAUCUACUUUCUUGAAUGGUUGGUUAGAAGAAGAUGUCUAUGUUGAGCAGCCUGAAGGAUUCAUUGUUCAAGGUAAAGAAGAAAAGGUGUACAAGCUCAAGAAAGCUCUUUACAGACUCAAGCAAGCCCCACGAGCCUGGUAUGGUAGACUUGAUUCAUACUUGCAUGAUAAUGAUUUUCAUCGCAAUGAAAAUGAGCCCACUUUGUAUGUGAAGAUGAAAGGAGGUGAUAUUCUCAUUAUUUGUGUUUAUGUGGAUGAUAUUAUUUACACUGGUUCUUCUAACAUUCUUAUUGAAGAAUUUAAGAAGAAUAUGUCUGCUGAAUUUGACAUGUCUGAUUUGGGGCUACUGCAUUAUUUCCUUGGGUUACAAAUUUACCAAACUGAUUAUGAUAUUUUUGUUUCACAAGAGAAGUACGCAUUGGAUUUGCUGAAAAAAUUCAACAUGCAGAAUUGCAAGAUGUCUACUACUCCUAUGAAUACGAAUGAGAAGUUGACAGUAGAUGAUGGAACUCCAAGAGCUAAUGAGAAGUAUUUUAGAAGUAUGGUUGGCGGAUUAAUGUAUUUGACUCACACUAGACCUAAUAUCAUGUUUUCAGUUAGCUUGGUUUCAAGUGAUUGGGCAGGUUCUGUAGAUGACAGAAAAAGCACAAGCGGAUAUAUAUUUAAUCUUGGCUCGGGUGCUGUAUCUUGGAGUUCAAAAAAGCAAGAAUGCACUGCAUUAUCUUCCUCUGAAGCAGAAUAUGUUGCUACUUCAUCAGCUGCUUGUCAAGCAAUUUGGAUGCGAAGGAUUAUGAAAGAUUUGCAACAAGUUCAAGAGAAGGCAACAAAGAUCUUCUGUGACAACAAAGCAACAAUUUUAAUGACCAAGAAUCUAGUGUUUCAUGGAAGAACAAAACAUAUUGAGCUGCAUCAUCACUUUAUCCGAGGUGCUGUUGCAGAUGGAUUAAUUGCUUUGGAGUAUUGUUCAACAAGUGAUCAAGUCGCUGAUGGAUUUACUAAAGGAAUCUGUUUUAGUAAAUUCAUGAAGUUCCAUAACUCACUCGGAGUUGCAAAGUUUGCAUCAAGGGGGGAUGUUGAAAACUGAUGCAAAGUGAUUAUUGUCUUUAUCUAAUUUGUUUUUAGUUUGUUAUUUAGUUUGAAUAAGUCUUCCUGAUUUUUCUUCAGAGAGUGGGGUAGUUGUUGUUUUUUAGGAUAAUUUGUUAAGUUAGUUUUGCUCAUAAUUUCAGUUAGAGUACAGUACGUGGGUAUCAUGUUACAAUCCCACUACUUAGAGUUCCAGUAUAUAUUUGUAUGUUUUUUCAAUGAAUUGAAGUAUUCUGAAAGUCAUCUUUUACUUCUCAAUCACUUUGUUAUCUAUCUCCAUUUUUCUGUUCUUCUCCAACAAUAGAAGCUACAAGGAGAACUGGAGUCCAAGUGUCUUAUUUUGGAGUGUUUUUGGCUUUAUGUAUUUAGACCACAUUUCUAGCUUUAGCUUUACACAUUGAUAUUUUAUGGGUUUGAGUACCCUUGUACUCACAUAAUAAAAUUUCUUUUGCUUU